AUGGAGCUCCGUCCCCCUACUACUGUGAGCCCAUCUCUUGGCACCGGCCGCAGCCUCCGCUUCCACAAACAUCACAAGGACGCGUUCGAUCAUGUCGUUGUCUUAAGACAACUGACCGCGUACUCAGACCCGAAGCGUCGAGCGACAGCACCAAAGCCGCUCCAGAAUAUCCACCGGCAUACCGAGAAUAUGAGCCAAGAGCAGACCAUAUCAUGUUGUGUGCCACGAGAACGCCAGCACGAUAGAGAAUUGAUGCGCUGUGAAACAAGGAAAGACUCCAAGGCAGCAAGAGGAAGGAUCUGUAUCCUGCGUGGCGAUGCAUACGGUCAGACCUGUCGUUCAUAUGAAAAGCGCAGAACCUCAUACUCAGCUCCUGAAUCCUCCACGCACACAAGAUGUCCAAGUCCGGCCCAGUCUUCUCUCAACAGAUUCUUACUUGAUGUUCACGACUGGGAAUUCGAAUCUGGAGCGCGCUUUUCAGUCGUAGAUUCGAGGAAUGCCUAUGAGGUGGGAGAACGUUACCAGGAUGGCGUCGAGCCCAUGGAGCCGGGCCACUUCACCGAAGAUAACUUGGAAAGUCCCUGGUCUGGACUAAGCAUAGGAGAUGUUGAAGCUUUCUGCAUCGAUGCCGCGAAAACAAGCGAACGCGAAGAGCCGAGUCUCUUUCUUAUACUGGAUGACCAAGGUAUUACAGAUGAGACGGUCAUCCUGGCACAGCGCCAUUUUGGUGAAGACGACAAAUUUAUGAAUAACUUUGACAAAGUCCGCAUACCAUGGUCUGGUGCUUACAGCAUGUGGUGUAACCUGGACAUCGCGAAUAUGGAGUUUGAAGAGUUUUGUGAGGGUGAGGCGGAUGAAGAGGGAUGGUGGGAAGCGAAUGAUUUUGCGAAGGGUGUAGGUGACGAUUUGAGUGAUGAGAAGCGCGAACUCAAGGAUGAGGAAAGGCGAAAACUGCAGGAAGCUGGGAAGAUCUAG